UUUUUUUUUUUCGAACUGUCUCCCUUUCAUCAUUCCCCGUUCGGAGGGUGCGAGGAUCGUAGGGGUUCAUUGAUUCACCUGUGGGUUAAUGGGUGAUAGCAGAGAAGGCGCCUCGCUCCCGGCCGCAGCGGCACCGGACGCCACGAAGCGCCGAGUGAGCUACUUCUACGAACCCUGCAUCGGGGACUACUACUACGGUCAGGGCCACCCGAUGAAGCCCCACAGGAUCCGCAUGGCCCACAACCUCAUUGUUCACUACGCCCUCCACCGUCGCAUGGAGAUCAGCCGCCCCUUCCCCGCUGGUCCCGCAGACAUCCGCCGCUUUCACUCCGAGGAGUACGUGGACUUCCUCGCCUCCGUCUCCCCCGAUACCCUCUCAGACAACGCCUUCUCCCGCCACACUAAGCGCUUCAACGUCGGCGAGGACUGCCCAGUCUUCGAUGGCCUCUUUGGCUUCUGCCAAUCCUCCGCCGGUGGCUCCAUCGGCGCCGCCGUAAAGCUCAACCGUGGCGACUCCGAUAUCGCCCUUAAUUGGGCGGGUGGUCUUCACCAUGCCAAGAAGUCCGAGGCCUCCGGCUUCUGCUACGUCAAUGAUAUUGUGCUCGGUAUUCUUGAGCUGCUCAAAGUUCAUAGGCGUGUACUUUAUGUCGAUAUUGAUGUCCACCAUGGAGAUGGAGUUGAGGAGGCAUUUUAUGCCACGGACAGAGUCAUGACCGUGUCGUUCCAUAAAUUUGGAGAUUUCUUUCCGGGGACUGGGCACAUUAAGGAUACAGGGUGGGGGCCUGGGAAGAAUUAUGCCCUGAAUGUCCCAUUAAAUGAUGGAUUGGAUGAUGAGAGUUUCCGUGGUCUGUUUAGGCCCAUUAUUCACAAAGUCAUGGAGGUCUAUCAGCCAGAUGCGGUUGUUCUUCAAUGUGGAGCGGAUUCACUGUCUGGUGACAGGUUGGGGUGCUUCAACUUGUCUGUGAAGGGCCAUGCAGAUUGCCUCCGUUUUCUUAGAUCUUUCAAUGUGCCUUUAAUGGUCUUGGGUGGGGGAGGGUAUACAAUCCGCAAUGUUGCCCGUUGCUGGUGCUACGAGACAGCGGUUGCAGUUGGAGUGGAGCCUGAUAAUAAAUUGCCUUACAAUGAAUAUUUUGAAUAUUUUGGUCCAGAUUAUACUCUUCAUGUAGAACCAUGCAACAUGGAGAAUUUAAACUUGCCCAAAGACAUGGAGAAAAUUAGGAUUAUGCUGCUAGAGCAACUUUCCAGAAUACCCCAUGUACCUAGUGUACCUUUUCAGACGACACCACCUGUGUCACAAGUUCCAGAAGAGGCGGAAGAGGACAUGGACCGAAGGCCAAAAUGUCGCAUAUGGAAUGGUGAGGACUAUGACUCUGACCCUGAAGAAGAUGAGAAGCCUCGACAUAUUGAGCCAAAUUCUGAGAUGAGAAAUGUAGUCGAUGAAAUGGAUGAAGAUAAAAGCAAUGAGCAGCCACCGUCUUGACAUCAAUUACCUUUGUAGCUUCUAUAUUUCUGUCUCAUUUGGCCAAGAUCUUAUCAUUUGGUAAGGGAGCAUUAGAAUAGGAACUUUACACAUAAUUAAGUGUACACAUUUUUCUUCUUGUUCAUGUACUUUUUUUGGCGGGGGUAAUUACAAUGUAUCAGAGUCGGAAUUAGAGUGAAUACACAGUACUUGAUACUUACAUUGUCUAUAACUAAUUAGUUGGAGAGUGCUUUUAUCUA